CAGGCUCCACUUGUGGGAUUAUACUGAGCAUGUUGUUGUUGUUGUAAACUAUUGGCACUUAUGAGAAUCCUAGAUAUGAGUUGAUAUCAUAAUUAACACAUCCAUUCUGUUAUAGAGCAUAGUAAAGAAUGGAAGAAACUUUUGCAUCUCCCAUAAAUCUAAACUAGCUUCGUCCACAAAUUUAUGGCCCCAUAUCAACAUGGCCAACAGGCAUCAGCACAUGGCUUUGCCAUUGGUGGUUAGUGAGAAAAGAACAAUGCUCAGUGCUAAGAAACUCAUCAAGAUGGCCAGGAGAUGGCAGAAGUUUGCAGCCAUGCAGAGGAAGAGGAUUCGACUUCCAAGAAAUGGAAAUGAUGCAGACAGUUGUAGCACAUCUUCAUCUUUUACAGCCGGUAAAGGCCAGUUUGUAGUGUAUACAACUGAUCAAAGGCGCUUUGUGAUUCCAUUGGCUUACCUUGAAAAUGAGGUCAUUUUGCAACUUUUGAACAUGUCUGAAGAAGAGUUUGGGUUGCCAAGUGGCGGUCCUAUUACAUUACCAUGUGAUUCUGCUUUCAUGGACUACAUCAUUUCACUAAUCAAGAAAGGUGCAGCUGCUGGAGAUCUUUGUAAAGCAUUGCUCCUCUCAGUUACUUCAUGUUGUUGUUCAACUUCUUCUUUGCACCAAAAUUGGGGAAACCAGCAGCUUCUUGUUUAUUGAGUCAUGAUCAUUAUCUUUAGUAAAUGAUAAAUCAAAACAGAUUGUAUAGCAGGCGAAAACUAGGCCAUUCAAAAAGUGUAUUAUAGAUGGAAUAGAGCUUUAUCUGAAAUCUAGCCAGAUUUAUAGAUCUCAAACUUUCAAUACGAUGAUUGCGAACUUCUAGCA